CUUCGAGGAGAAGUCUCAGAAACUUUACAGUACUUUCUUAAGAAUCCACGAAAAAUGGCUGGCGUAAAGGAAAGUUUAUGUCGAACUCUGAUAUGUGUAUUUAUUGUUAACUUAUCGAUUGUGCAGUUCACGAACUCAACAUCUACAGAAACAUUUGAAAAUUUUGUAAAUGAACAAAAAGUUGUCGUCUUUACUGUAGCAACCAAUGAAACAGAUGGAUUUUUGAGGUACUGGAAAUCAUGUCAUCAACAUGACAUCAAAGUUCAGGUCUUAGGGAUGCACAAGAAGUGGACAGGAGGGGAUAUCCAGUGGGGUCCUGGUGGAGGGCAAAAAAUCAAUUUAUUUAUAGAAGCUCUAAAAAAGUACAAAGAUGAGUCGGACACUAUUAUUCUAUUCACUGACAGUUAUGAUGUAAUAUUUGUGGCAGGAUUAAAAGAAAUAAUUCGUAAAUUCAAGGAUCUAGAUAGUAAUGUUGUAUUUGGGGCUGAAAACUUGAUCUGGCCAGAUAAGUCACUUAGGCAUGUUUACCCAAAAGUUGAAGGUUACAGAUUUUUAAACUCUGGUCUUAUUAUUGGCUAUGCGGACUAUAUAUGGAAAUCACUGACGUAUAAAUCUAUUGUUGAUGCUGGAGAUGAUCAGCUGUUCUUCACAAAGUUGUAUUUAGAUGAAAAGUUAAGAAGCUCUUGGAAAAUAAAGUUGGACACUGAAGCGUAUAUUUUUCAAAAUCUCAAUGGAGCAACACAGGAUGUAAAAGUUAAAUUUUUGAAUGAUGCAAGUUACUUACACAAUGCCAAAUACAACACACUUCCAUCAGUCAUCCAUGGCAACGGACCUUCCAAGUUAGCUUUAAAUUUACUUGGAAAUUACCUCAACAAUCAUUGGACACUUGAGUCUGGAUGCAAGACUUGCGAUGAAAACACCUUUAGUUUACAUAAUGUGGAGGAAGAGGACUUGCCCCAGGUUCUGAUGGCUAUUUUCAUUGAGCAAGCAACUCCAUUCAUUGCUCAAUUCUUCGACGGCGUUCUUAGUCUUGAUUAUCCGAAGAACAAAAUUGACUUGUUUAUCCACAAUAAUGAAAUGUACCACUUUAACCAUGUUAAUAAUUUCACAAGAGAUUUUGCUCACCAGUAUGCAUCCCUGAAAUACAUUCAACCAGCCAUUGAGAUUACAGAAGGUGAAGCAAGACAAAAAGGAAUAGAAUACUGUGGUGCAAUAUCCUGUGACUAUUACCUGUCCAUUGAUAGUCCAAGUCAGAUUCAUAAUCCCAGGUUGAUAAAGAUUCUGAUUGAACAAAAUCGCACCGUUCUUGCGCCAAUGUUUACGAAGUAUGGCAGGCUGUGGUCAAACUUCUGGGGUGCCCUCAAUGAAGAUAACUACUACGCAAGAUCAGAGGAUUAUGUUUCCAUUGUGAGGAGACAACGACUGGGAGUGUUUAAUGUACCGUACAUAUCUAGCGUGUACAUAAUCCAUGGGCAUCUUCUCCGUGGGUCCAACGCUCCUUCUUUUAUUGAAGGUGACAAAGACUCAGAUAUGAACUUGUGCGCCAACAUGAGGAGUAGACGGGAACGUAGACUAUGUCUUUUGGGUAACCAAGGCGACAGCGAAGUGGAUUUUUGUUAUGACCUUAGAGAACGGGUAAUGCUAGAUUCCAACUCAGAGACAAGAAAAAAGCUUACAAUAAUCAGCAUCUGCUCAGAUUGGGAACGCUUAUACUUGAGACCGGAUUAUUGGGACGCUCUAAAGGAAGAUGCUGAAAUUGAAUCGCCAUGCCCUGAUGUUUACCGGUUUCCAUUGAUUUCGGAAUUGUAUGCUAAACAUAUGAUUGAAGAAUUGAAUGCGUAUGGCCAGUGGUCCAAUGGUGACAACAAAGAUCCACGAUUGGAUGGUGGCUAUGAAAACGUACCAACACGUGAUAUUCACAUGAAUCAGAUCGGCUUUGAAAAACAUUGGCUGUUUCUUGUUAAGAACUACGUAGCCCCCAUACAGGAACGCCUGUAUCCUGGAUAUUUUACAAAGGCUUUUGCUGUUAUGAAUUUUGUUGUGCGCUACAAACCAGAUGAGCAACCAUUUCUGCGACCUCACCAUGACUCUUCGACUUUUACCUUGAACGUUGCUCUUAAUCGUCGUGGCAUUGAUUAUGAGGGUGGUGGCUGUCGUUUUCUGAGGUACAAUUGCAGCGUGACAGACUCUGGAAUUGGUCAAACACUUAUACACCCUGGGCGCUUAACGCACUACCAUGAAGGACUUCUGACAACCAAAGGAAUUCGCUACAUCAUGGUCUCAUUUGUGGAUCCAUAAACAAGAAUUGCAAUUGUUAUAGACAUAAAGUGGUCCAUCGUACUUCCAACCACUUGGAAUUCAUAUUGUUCAAGUGUACAGUUUAAAUCAAUAACAUAUGUCCAAAAACAGUUCCACUUCCUACAGAUGUUUUAUUUGUCAUCUGUACAUUAUCUUGGCGAUAUUUUGUUCUUUUAUUUUUAUGCACUAUGCAAAUUACCAAAAAAGUCUCUAUGUGGUUAGCCAUCUUGAAAUGUAAAUAAAUAAACAUUGUAAGAUCAAGAAGUAGGCUUAAGAGAAAGAAAAAAAAACACUUAACAUUAUAACUUUCCAGCAGUUUAAUGCAUGGCUAGUAUGCAUCAUAAUUCUUAUUUUCUGAUCAAGUGAUACUGGUGUUUGGUCUAAUUCAAUUUGGUAGGUGAACUGUAAAAUCCAGUGGCGUAUCUACAGGGGGUGGGCGCGGGGGUGUUCCCCCCCCC